AUGUCUAUCUCGAUUAUUUUCUUUCUUAUUAUGAUUAUUCAUGGUGAAGAUACAUUUGAUUGUACAGGUUAUGAAGAUGAUUCAUAUCAUUCAAUAUAUGAUGCUGAUGAUUGUCGACAUUAUUGGCAUUGUAUUUAUGUUGAUACGGUUUAUAUGCAUGCAGUUAAACGUGUUUGUCCAGCUGGAACUGAAUUUCAUGCUACAUUACGACAAUGUGAAACAUCAAGUUUAGUAGAUUGUAAACCACCUAAAUCACCUCAUUUUCCACGAACAACUACAACUACAAAAGCAUGGAAAGGAUUAUAUUCAAGAUUAUUUUCACGAAAAUAUUGGAAAUCAACAACGAGAAAACAUGAAAUAUUUGAUUUACAAGAUACUCCUCAAUUUGAUCUAACGACAAUGAUAAUGCCGGAAUUUGAAACAAUGGAACAAACUCAAGUAUUAUCUUUUACUCCAACUUACCCAACAACUGUUUUUUCUCUUGAAAAACUUUCAAAAGAUCUUAAUGCUCUAGUAUUAAAUCGUCGUCCUCAUAAACAUAAACCAAUGGGAACAAAUCUUUUUCAAAUAGGUGAACCAGAAAAUGAAGCAGACAUUUAUGUAUCAACAACAACAGAAACAACAAAACGACGAACAAGACGAACUCGUUCUACUACUACUCCUAUUCAAUCGACUACAUCACAAAUAACAACACAAUUAUCAUUAACAACAUUUCUUUUUACAACAGAAUCAACGACGACAACAACAACUACUAUCACGACAACAUCAAUUACAAUGACAACUCCUAUUAUUUCUUCUCUUACAUCAAUAUCAACAAGCACAAUUCUUACUCAACCGGAUAUGGGAACAAAUAUUAAACCACAACCACGUAUGAGUGGUCAACGUCGACGUAAUAAUAUGACUUUAUUUAUUUUAACAAGUGAUGAACAUAAAAUUCGACAAUUUUCUGUUAAUCAUACACGUGGUAUUUUAAUUAAUUGUAAUCAAUUACGACGUCGUCUUCUCGGCCGUCGUCGAUUACGAAAUAUACUUCAAACGACUACAAAUCAUACGUUAAACAUAAAACAUCUUUCAAAUGUAUCAAUUCAAAUAUUACCCUAUAAUAUUUUAUCAUUAAUUUGUUUUCUAACAAAACUAUUUAUAAUUACGUAA